AUGUUUUUCUGUCGUGAGUGCAAGAAAACAUGGACAACGAUCACCAAGUCAGAUGUGAUCAAGCACAUGAAGGCGUGCCAUAAUGGGGAUGAAAGCCUUAUUGAGGAUAAUCGGAUGCAGUACGCGAAAGAUGUGCACGAUAUCACUGACAAGUGCUUUCCGAGAAAAAGUCGAGGGAAUUAUGCGGAAGAUGAGAUGGAAAGCUAUAUCAAUCCGGAACUGUGGGCUAAGAGCGAAGGAGGUUUUGUUGGAAUGUAA